AUGAGUUGCGUUGGCGUGCUGAGGCAGUAUAUGGCCACCGUUUUGGUGAACCUGCUCGGGGUCAGCUACGGCACUAUCAGUGGUUGGUCUUCGUCCGCCCUGCCCGCACUCCAAUCCACGCUGGACAGUCCUCUACAGCAGCAUGGUGCCAUCACGCCGGAAGAAGCAUCCUGGAUCGCCGGCACGCUCUGUCUGGGCGGAGUGUUGGGCACGCUCGUCGGAGGGCUGCUGGUGGAACGGUUGGGUCGCAAGUGGACGGCCUGGACUGCCGGACUUCCGCUCGUGGCCUGCUGGACCCUAAUCAUCGUUGCCGACCAUCCCGGAUACCUGAUGGGAGCCCGAUUCGUCGGAGGACUGGGAGGUGGUAUCGUGUAUGUCGCUAAUCCACUCUACGUUUCGGAGAUAGCUGCCCCAAAACAUCGUGGUGCACUGUCCUCCAUGCUGGUGCUUUCUUGUUGUGUCGGGAUGGAAGUUGCAUACAUAACUGCAGCCUUUCUUUCGUACCAUACCAUUCCGUGGGUUUGCAUUGUGGUGCCGUUAAUUUUCCUAAUCGGUUUCGUCUUCGUCCCGGAAUCUCCAUUACACCUGGCCAGCAUUCAAAACCAUCAGGAAGCGGAGCGCUCGCUUCGAUACUUCCGAGGAGUUCCGGCUGUCAAGGGCGCUGCCAUCCCGGAGGAAUUUGAACGUGAGCUGCACCAGCUGGAACGGAUGCGCACCGAGUCGCAGUCAACGAAGCAAUCCCUCGACCGUCAGCUGACAUGGAGCGAUUUCAACUCUCGACAUGCCAAGCGGGCGUUCCUUAUCAGCCUCACCCUGAUGGCGCUCAAUCAGUUUUGCGGUUGCUUCUACAUGAUGAACUAUGCGGAAUCGGUGUUUGCCGAGUCCAGCUCGAGCUCCCUGAGUCUUUCGGCGAACCGGUCGGUGAUAGUGGUGGGGCUGAUUCAACUGUGCGGAUGCUAUUCCUGCACGCUGCUCGUCGACCGCAUGGGACGUAAGAUCCUGCUGGUCAUCUCUGCCCUCGGGACGGCCCUCGGACACAGCGUCUUUGCCGCCUACUGCUUCGGCCAGUACGCCGGCUACGACCUGACGAUGCUGAGCUGGCUGCCGUUGGUUUGCUUUUCGGUUGUAAUUUUCAUCGGCUCGUUAGGCCUCGGUACGCUACCGUUCGUCGUGCUGGCAGAAAUCAUGCCACUGAAGAUCAAAGGAUUUGCAACCACAUUCUGCAUGGUCAUCAACUGGGCGGUUGCGUUCGUGGCGCUCAAGUACUUUUCGCUAGUUGCGAUCGUCAUUGGCAUGUACGGACUGUUGCUGUUUUUUGCCUUCUGCUCUACCGCUGGCGCAAUCUUUGUCAUGUUCGUAAUGCCUGAAACGAAGGGUAAGGACUUCCAAGAAAUACAGAAACUAAUGGACAGGUAACACGUGUUGCCGAAUCAGAAUUCAACUGAAACGAAAUCAAACGACA